AUGAUUCAGCAAAGUCUGGCUGAAAAGGUUCUGGUUGAGGGCUUGGAAGAAACCCUAGACAAGAUUGCCGGAUCAAGUAUUCUGUCUCUUGAAGAUUGUCCAACCAGCAAAUCAGAUCCACUCUAUGAGAGACAAUGCACUCAUAGAGUGAUCAAUGAGAAUGAGAUCGCUGAUAUUGUCAUGAAAGAGUAUGACGCAGACGACAAUGCAGCCAACAACAACAGCAAUGAAGAAAUUGCUGAAGUGGAAUCAGCAGUUCCUUUCAAGAGAACUUAUUCUGCUUCAGAAAAGUUUGAGUAUGUUUGCACGCUUUUGGAUAUCUUGGAAGACGAGGAUAUUGACAGAGACUUCGUCAGUAAGGUUGAAGGUCUUAGAAACAAGUUCCAGAAAACCACGAACUCAAAGCAAACUAAAGUAACCAGCUUCUUUAAGUCUUUUUAA